CCGACCCUGACCGACACAGAAAACCUUUUUUUUUUCUCUUGUAAAGACAAUGUCUUUUUCAAUGUAAGAAUGAGAACAAAAAAUGACAAUUUCAUGUGGCACAAAAAUUUUAGACAAAUAAAGAGUACUUUAAAAAAAAUUAUAGAAUGAACAAAAGCACAAUGUUGAAUGCGAAUUUUCUUUUUGGAAAUUAAAAAUAAUAAACUCUAGCUACAAGAGAUGAGUAUAAACGUGUCACACAAAGAUCGGCGACAUAAAAUCGUAACCGUAUUUUUAAAUUCAAAAUAUAAUCAUUCACUUUUGUUUUUCAUUGAAUUUAAUUUUAAUCUUAAAGUAAUAAAUCAUAUAAAAUUGUAAAUUCAUUUUAAAAUUAAAUUGAGAUUAAAUAAAAUAAUUUCUGUAAAAAAUUGAAAUAAUAUAUUAUGAAUGGUUUUCAAUAUUAACUAAUUUUAAUCAAAGACCCCAGUACGAUAAUCGACUACGUUCUAUUCUAACGUCAAUAAACAUGGCGAAAGGUAGGUUUGCUGCGAAUAUUUUGAAUCUUUACCAAUUUAAUUAAUAUUUUUUUGUUAAUUAUUAUAUAAAACAUCUCACAAUCAUUAAUUUGUUUCACUAUGUGCUUUUUGCAAAUAAAUUUAGUACUAUAUAUAUACACAAAAUCUAGCAAUCGCCUUCAACCGGUGCCAACCAUAUCCUGCCACGGUGGGCGGCCUUGCCGGUACAGGCGCUAUACCUGACCGUAAAUUCAUUUCAAGGAACAUAAUACAAAACUUUAUUGAAUGACCAUGAAUUCAACUGUAUUUUGCAAAUACUACAUUUUGCUAUCAUUUACCUUUAGAAUCAUUUAUAUAUUUAUGAUAUAAGUAUAUAUAAGGGAAAAUGUGUUUGUUCUGAGAUUCUGCUAACUGGCAUAAGUUUCUAAGUUUCUAAUUAUUCUAAUUCUACCAUUAUUUAUGGAAUGAGUAAUGAAGUAAUGGAUCUAUCAAACUUGGGCGACUUGACAAAUCCUUCUUUAAAAAAUUACGGUGGGGGGAUCCCAUUCAAAGGGGGCGGGGAGCCUAAAUUUCGUUUUUACUUACAUGACUAUGAGCAAUAUGAUCACGUCACUCCACUACUAUACUCACUUCAUUGGCUCCAUAUGCCUAUGCCUAUACAGGCUCGCAUUGAUUACAAGCUGUCUGUUCUCUCUCACAAUUUUUUCUCUCUCACAAUCGUUUCUCUAGUUCCUGCCCUACCUAUCUUACUGAAAUUCUUUCUGUGUAUAUUCACCCCUUGUAAAGCUUCAUUCCUCCGCAGACACGCAUAUUCUUUCUGUUCCCAGAACACGCACUAAAACAUGGUGAAUGAUCUUUCUCUUUCCGUGCCUCAAAACAAUGGAAUUCUCAUCCCAUUACUGACCCAAUUUUUCUAACUGUACUAUAACGACACAUUCUCACCCCCCUCUAACAGAUAAACAACACUCAAUGCUGCUGGGUGCUGUCCAUGGCUAGACAGGGGUAGAUAGUACUUGGGUGGGUGAGGUCAAACUUUUUACCAAGACCAACUGUUGUUUUUAAAUGCAUAAUUUUCUGUAAUUGCUCAUUUUUAUGUGAAGCACAUUGAGCCUAGCCCUAGGCUGUGUUACUGCGCUAUAUAAAAGCACUUUAAUAAUAGUAAUAAAUAAAAUUACAAACAAAAGCUCCUCGAUGAUGGACGGGAGUAUCUCAAUCUAGACCGAACUUAGUAACUUUAAACACAUGUCACAUACACUUACUUAUACUUUAUUAUCCAGAUUAAAAUACUGGUGGUUUCUAAAAUCAAAAUAUUCACUCCCUUCUGGCUUAGACUUAGAGCUUAGAGGCCCCAAUUUUAUUUGUCCUUAUGUAUGCUAUAUAAAUACCAGUACUCAAUAGGCGAAUAGGUCUAGACAACAAUAUAGGCUUUUUUGUCUAGAUGAACAGUGGUGGCCGUAUCCUUCGUCGCUAGUUCAUAUUGAAAUAUUAAUGGAUUUAAAAUAAUAUCCACUGCAUGAAGGGCCGGUCUAGAAUUUUCCAGAAUGUUCGAUAAUUUAAAAGACUAGAGCUCAGAAAAUUUUCAACCAAUUUUAAUGGGACAACUGUUAAAUUUUAACUCCAUUAUUUAUCUGAAUGAUUUUUAUGGGGCCUCCAGUCUUAAGCUUAACUAAAAAGAUGCGCAAUUGAAUGGGCCUGCAAGGAUCCUAUUUUAUUUUUAGUGAUUAACAGUCAUAUCGUUGACUUUGCUGAAUAAUUUUUCAAUGGGACCACUUUUAAAAGUUUGAUUAGUCUUUAAAUCAAGGUUUUGACUAGGCAAAAAUGUUUUUGGUUAUUAAUUUUAAUUUUAGCUGUAGAAAGUUUUUAUGAAUGCAAGUCCCAGGCAACGCUAGGUAUUUUGUCUAGUUAUGUUAUAAUUUCAGCAUUGUUCACUUCUUAAUUAAUUACUUGGCUUUUAUUAUUACUGUUAUUAUUUUAUUGUUAGGCCAAGACUGGCUAUGGGCCAGUUUUUAUUUAUUUUAGUAACUGUUUGUUUGCCUUUUUGUUUUCUGCACUCUAAGUUAGUGACUUAAAACAUCAACUACUACUUAAGUAAUUGUUGUCUUGGUUAACAAUGGCACACAUGCAAGAUUUUAGAAUAUCCUCCUACCGACAACUGACUCAGGGACUGUAACAAUCACAUGCUGGUGUUUUAAAGUUUCACCAGAAAGGGAAAUAGAAAUUUAUAAUUGAAAAUUCUAAAAUAAAGAUACAAGAUGUGCAGCCAGAUGUUUUGACAAGGACCAGUAGAAGAUCUCGUCAGGCAUCAGGGCUCAAAUGGAUUGUGCAAAAGUUAAGCAGGCCUAUACAUAUUACCAAAAUUUAUCACUUUUUAUUCUCUUAAAAACUAAUAUUUAAAACAUACAAGACAUACAUUUUUAUUUGUCUAUAUGUAACAUGAAACAAGAAAUAAGCACUUCCAUGACUUGUAUUUAGUUGAGAUUUUUCAUUGUUAUAGAAUAAAAUAGUUUUAGAUGAGUGAGAAGCAUGAAACUUGUUUUUUUAAAUAAUAUUUAUUUGAGGCACAAAGUUACUACUCCCUGUCAUCAAAAUGGUCUAAAAGUGUUAACUAGAAAAGCCUGGACUGUAACCAGAUUUCAUAUGUUUAAUUUUUUUAACAGUAUUCUUAUACAAUAUGUUAACAAUUGACUGAAGUAAAUUUAUGAGCAUAUAACCUUGGACCUAUAUCUAAAGAUUGAUGAUUAUCAAUAUCCCUUGUUUGUAUCUGUCUUUCAUCAUCUCAUUGGAUUGCAGGCUGGUGACUUCAAUUUAAAGUUCAGCUUGCAGCUAGGUUUUGGAAGUUAUUUAGUUUUUGCUUGACAGGCUGUGUUAAAUCUUCGUGUUUAUGUUUUAAAAACAAAGGUCCCUUCUUCUAGGUUAGAUUAGUAAAUGCCACUAGGGCUAUGUCUAGGGUAUGAUUAUAUUGCUAAUUAAGUACUCUAAUCUCACUCUAACGCUCAAUGCCACUCUCACUAACUCUCACUUCUAUUAAUACUAUCACUAUACUAAGAAACACAGGUGGUUCAGCCCACAAAUAAAUAUUUAAUUAUAAACAGAAUUAACGAUAUACACAUAUAUAGCAAUGUCUAAUUAACUAUCUAAUACUUAGGUCUAAUACAAUUAAUUUUUCCAUGGAUUAAAGUUGCGAUUGGUGGUCUGUCCUCUGUAGGCAGGUCCAACACACACACAGCAUGCGCUACAGUCUUUUUUUUAUUUGUUCACUUGUCACUGCGACAUAGGUCUCCGUUCACUCGCAUGGUGACAUAACAGGGGUAGACUCUAACCACACACAUAGCUUCUGGUGGAGUCUCUGCCAGUCUUGUAGUUGUAGGCCUAACCUACACUUAGUUUUUUUACUAGGACGUCAACAUUAUUCUGACCCUAACAACUGACUCCACUAACUGAACUGUACUAGCUCAACUGUUAAUUACUUCACUGUUCUUACUAGUUCAACUGUCACUCACUGAUCCAAAUUACUUACUGGCUAGAAAUGAGAAUAACAAAUACAAUGCAUAAGGCAUACUUAUUAAUAAUCAAUCAUACUCUAACAGUAACCUUAGACCUAACAUUUUCUUAAUCGAACGACAAUUACAGUUCUACAUACCUGUCCACAUGAAUAUGAAAAUUAACAAUACUAACCUAGCACAAUCUGGAUAAAUACACUUCAUCAACUAAUUAUGCCAUCCAGGCUCUACUGACAUACUUCAGGUGAAAGAGGCUGAUACAUGAUUAGGGGUGCCCUUUAUUUUGAUUACAGGGACGCUGUCCUGCAUUUCUAUCCUGCGUCCGCAUGGGUACUCAGCGUGGGUACUCUGCGUCUGUACUCAGCGUAUGUGCGCUUGACUAGAAUGAGUGCAUUGUUUUAGCUGGGUCACGGUCAAGGUGAUCAGGCUAAUUUCCAUUGUUAUUGAGUCAUUUUUAUUCUUGUAUGGCCCAGCCUAAUUGUGUCAUCACUUGGCGUAGCGAUGGAGAGUGUGGGCCAGCGGGUCUCACAAACGUGAGGACCAGCGGGUCUCAACAGGCUGGAUGAUCAGAAAACGGUCCUGAAACUGCUGUCUCAAGGCAGAGAGUACUUACUCAUUGCACAAACUCUGAUGGGAAUGGGUCUCUUGCAUCUUUGGCGAAUUUUCCACAGUAUAAAAAUUGACUGAAGCAACUCCUCAUCCGCUGGGAAUUGAAACCAAAUAGUUUUUGUCCAAAUGCCUUGACAUGGGUGUCCAUGUAGGAGACCAGCUUGUUUUGCCUUCUACUCUGAGUUUAAGUUCAUUCACCGAUUUGGGAACAUUUCUGUUUAAAAAAGCUUAUUUCCAAAGCAAUUGACUAGUUUUAAGGAAGGAAAGUAUGAGAAAAUCUCAGCUCUCUGUCUAAACAUAUUGUCAGAACCUUCCAUCAACUGAGACGCCUGGCAAAGUAUUGAAAAGUGAAGAACAAAAAUAGGAGGGGGGGGGGGGGGUUGUGUGUUAUAAAGUUAUGUGUUAAAAUCACAGGUGCCAUGACACAAGAUUAAUCCAGAUAUUUUUCACUCUUUGUUGGUGAAUUACUCUGUCUAAACAUAUUGUCAGAACCUUCCAUCAACUGAGACGCCUGGCAAAGUAUUGAAAAGUGAAGAACAAAAAUAGGAGGGGGGGGGGGUGUUGUGUGUUAUAAAGUUAUGUGUUAAAAUCACAGGUGCCAUGACACAAGAUUAAUCCAGAUAUUUUUCACUCUUUGUUGGUGAAUUAAAAUAUGAAGCAUUAAAGGUUUAGAAGAGCAAAUAUUUUAAAAAGCAUUUUAUAUUUUCCCAAUGUACCUUAUCCUUCAACUCUUAUGUACUUAACAACACCUGUUGCGACCCUGCUUGAUUUUAUCUAUCCCAAAUUGUACUGAUCAAUGGUUGUGUCUGCCUUUUAACAAAAAAUCUCCCCUGUCAUUGUUCCAAGUAUACCAAUUACCAUUCACAGUCAUUAAUUCUUGUGUCUUUCAUUUCGUUAUUGAUUUGUUGGGUCAGAUUAGCCAAAGUCACUGUUUGUUGUUUGCAGACCCCUGUAUUAACUGAUUAAUGUCCUUUAAUUUCAUAUACUGAAAUUGAAUAUUACUGAUUAUGUAUUAUUUAUUAAAUAACUACAGAUAAAGAUAUGAAAUACUGUCGGUCAUAAUCAAAUGGGCCAACUCAAAAUCUGAUUUGUGGCAAUUGCCUACACAUGUACUUACGUUAUAGAAUAACUUAAUGACUUAAUCCUGCAAUUACUAAGAAAGGCUCCCAAAUAGAUGAUUAUGGGGAUAUGGCCAGUUUUGUCCUACUUCAUACUACAGCCAGUGUUGAGUUACAGCAUGUAGUAAAAGAGCCAGAAUGAUCAAUGCAUUGAUCAUUGGUCCUCAAGAUAUAGAAGAGAAGAAGAAAAGUAUCUAGCACAUUUUUAAUGCUGAAACCUUUCUCCCCCUCCCAUAAUUGAAAAUGCUCACAUGUAGAAUCCAAACCUGGAAACUUAAAAACAUAGCUUAAAAUGUAUUCUGUGUUAUGAAUAAUGUUUCAAUAAAUAGGAGAAAACUCUCUGUCUCAAUGCACGACUUAAUCUUUAUCAACCCAGUGACGAUAUGACAUGACCUCCACAGCAGAUUUUGUAACUCUGAUUGAGGAAUUGAGAAUGGGCAAAGUUUAUUUAACAAGAAUCUCAUAGCUUUCAUUUAAAUAUUUCAGUUUUAUCAGUGGUUGGGUUAUUGGCCAUUGCUGUUGUUGGACAAGCUCUUACACCAUCUUCAUUCCUUACAACUGUCGACCAGAAUAGGCUCAAAUCUGUUUUUGAAGCAGCAUCGCCUUACGCUGAUACUCAGGCAGCACAUUAUUCUAUUCUUGGUUUGAAAUUGCUGGGGGCAACAAUUCCUAAUGCACAGGUAAAUAUUUAAUAAUUUAAUUGGGUUUUAAAACCUACGGCAAAGUGACACUUAUUAAUUAAGCUUUUAGGUCUGAAUCAAUGAAUUAGGGGACCUCGAAUGGAAGUAUGAAAAUGGCAGUGCCACCGAAAAAAGGUUUGGAAAUGAUGAAAAAAUGGGAUGUAUCUUUUGCUUUUAAACAAUGUUAAAUUAUAUUUUUUUGGCAAUCACGAAUUCAACACACUUGCACCAAUAAACAUAAAUUGUUUAGAUUGUUAUCAAGUGUCUAAUUAUACUAAUAUUGUUUAAACAUGUUCAAAUCUUUAAGUGGUUUGGAAUGUAAAAAUUGAACAGAUAAAUAUCAUUUAGGGUUUUACUAAGGAAAUAAUAUGUAUCGAUUAUUUUACAGGAUGCUUGUAAAGUUAUCUCCAAAGUGUUGGAUGGAAGCAAUGUUGCAUCCAUUUAUUACGGUGCAACGGCUGCUAAAGCUCUAGGUAACUGCAAGGUAAGUUAUCUGCCUUUCUUAUUGCGGAAUCUAAUCCAGAAUCCAGAUGGGAUAGAACUACAUAUCAUUGGAUAUUUGAUAUUCCAUACAUAUGUAUCCUGUACUAAUAAAUGAAAUAGGUACAUCAUCAUCAUUCUCACCCAGUGGUCAUUUGGGCUUGUGUGCUGCGGCAGUGGUGAAGAAUUACACACUCUCCGCAGCUGUUCUUUGAGUCACUAACUCUAAACAGGAGAGGCUACAUGUGGGAAGUCACUAACUCUAAACAGGAGAGGCUACAUCUGGGAAGUCACUAACUCUAAACAGGAGAGGCUACAUCUGGGCAGUCACUAACUCUAAACAGGAGAGGCUACAUCUGGGCAGUCACUAACUCUAAACAGGAGAGGCUACAUCUGGGCAGUCACUAACUCUAAACAGGAGAGGCUACAUGUGGGAAGUCACUAACUCUAAACGGGAGAGGCUACAUCUGGGCAGUCACUACCUCUAAACAGGAGAGGCUACAUCUGGGCAGUCACUAACUCUAAACAGGAGAGGCUACAUCUGGGAAGUCACUGCCUCGAAACAGGAGAGGCUACAUCUGGGAAGUCACUAACUCUAAACAUGAGAGGCUACAUCUGGGAAGUCACUAACUCUAAACAGGAGAGGCUACAUCUGGGCAGUCACUAACUCUAAACAGGAGAGGCUACAUCUGGGCAGUCACUAACUCUAAACAGGAGAGGCUACAUCUGGGCAGUCACUAACUCUAAACAGAAGAGGCUACAUCUGGGCAGUCACUAACUCUAAACAGGAGAGGCUACAUCUGGGCAGUCACUACCUCUAAACAGGAGAGGCUACAUCUGGGAAGUCACUAACUCUAAACAGGAGAGGCUACAUGUGGGAAGUCACUAACUCUAAACAGGAGAGGCUACAUCUGGGCAGUCACUACCUCUAAACAGGAGAGGCUACAUCUGGGAAGUCACUAACUCUAAACAGGAGAGGCUACAUCUGGGAAGUCACUACCUCGAAACAGGAGAGGCUACAUCUGGGAAGUCACUAACUCUAAACAGGAGAGGCUACAUCUGGGAAGUCACUAACUCUAAACAGGAGAGGCUACAUGUGGGAAGUCACUAACUCUAAACAGGAGAGGCUACAUCUGGGAAGUCACUAACUCUAAACAGGAGAGGCUACAUCUGGGAAGUCACUAACUCUAAACAGGAGAGGCUACAUCUGGGCAGUCACUAACUCUAAACAGGAGAGGCUACAUCUGGGCAGUCACUAACUCUAAACAGGAGAGGCGUUUUCAUGAGCAUCACUGUUUUGUUUUACUCCCCAAAAUGGGAACAUAAAAAACUGUAUCUAUGUUUCUCUUCAGGUUGAAGUGCCUGAGUUUAAGAAAACUUUAACAGAUGCCAUCAAGGAGGACUCCAGUGUCCAAGACAUUGUUUUUGCUUAUCUAGCUUUGAAAAGCCUUGGACUUCCAGGUAGGCUUAUUAUUCCUUCCACUUUGUUUGCAUAUUUUAAAAAAAAAAAACAUUUCUGUAACUUUUGGCUUUUAAUUGUUAAAAGAAAAGUAUAGUCAUUCUUCUAUCAAAAAUGAUCAUCUCAGUUUUCAUUAGUUAAGCUAUCUCUGAACAAGCUGGUUUUAUUGUUCUUGUAGCUGAUGAUAGUGCAGUUUCAAAAGCCAUACUAGCAGCCCUUAAUACAGAUGACUCCCCAUCAAGGUAUUUUGAUACUUGUACUUGUAUAACAAUAAUAUCACUUUGUAAAGAUGACUUCCAUUGAUGUGCAUGAACCUCUCAAAAUUAUGACUUUGAAUUAGACAAUAAAUAAAAAAUGAUAUUGCUCUUCAAUAACUGUACAAUUGAAUUAAUUUUAAAAAGUGCAUUUGCAAUAUACAGUCUUGAUUUUAAAAAAAAAAAAAAGUGCAUCAUAUCAAAUGUCAAAAUCUUUAUCUUAGUCAGAUACAAUGAGUUGUUCAAUUUAUAUUCAUCGUUUAAUAUAAUGAUAAUUUCGUUGGAGGCAAUUGAUCUUAGUGAAAUGCUGACUUCCAGUAGAUGUAGCACAGAAAUUGACUUCAUGAUGAUGUUCAUUUUGAAACAUUUUUUGUAAACUUUUUUUUUGUUGCAUUUGAUCAUGAUUAGAGGCUUGCAUUAUUUGAUUUUCAUCUUUCACUCCAGUCACAGCUACGCAUUUUUAGCAGCAACUGAAUUAAGUGGAGAUAUCAGUAAAUUUGUUGACAAUAUUGAGGAUGUAGUAGCGCAGGCUGAUGAAGUGGAUGACAAAUAUUUGCAAGUAAGUGGGCUGUUGUGUCAAUCAGAUCUAAUUCAUACACAUAACAAUCAAAACUGUUAAAGUCAAUCAGAUCUAAUUCAUACACAUAACAAUCAAGACUAAUGAAGUCAAUCAGAUCUAAUUCAUACACAUAUUCAAGACUGAUAAAGACAAUCAGAUCUAAUUCAUACACAUAACAAUCAACACUGAUAAAGUAAAAAAGACCUAAUUCAUACACAUUCAAGACUGAUAAAGUUGAUCUGUGUUACUAAAGAUCUUACUGUCCUAAUCAGAUGUCUGGUAUAGCCAUAUUCAAGGCGUUAGAUUCCCUAAGAGUCUGCUGUGAGCGGAUGUUCCUUUUUUUAAUGAAACGAGAAUUAUGAGUAAGGUUGGCUGAAUGCUAAUCAGUCUUUGAGGGUUGAGAUACUUUAAACAAAGGCAUAUAAAAGCUUGCAGCUGACAGCAAGUGAGUUGGAUAGUUUUAGUUUUGGGCCAGUCCUAGGCUCUGGGACCAGUCCUGGGCUGAGGUUGCAAGCGGCCUGUAUACAUUUUUGAACAUCAUCAGUGAUUGAUUCAAGAUAAUGAACUAUAAAUUUGUAAUAUUGUUUUACAGUGCAGUAGAGUUCAAUAAAAAGUGAAUAGUUUUCAUUAAAAAGAACUUACUUACUUGUUAAUGUAUCAUUUUGUAUUGGAUUCAUAAUUCAUACCCUAGGACAAUAUCAAAAAGACACCAAACACAAUUUCUUAAAUCAUUGGAUUGGUAAUCUGGCUAGAAUUAAAAUGAAACAGGAACACAAGUUAAUUCAUUCUUCUUGUUUCUUAGUUUGAAGGAGGUCUGUUUGCAACUGCUUUGGUAGUGGACAGUGCUUACAAAUUGGCUGAGAAAAAUAAGAAGGCUCCAACAAUUGCACAGGUUUGUUUUUUUUGUAUGCAUAAUUUAGCUUAUUCGAAACAUCGUGGAAAUAGAAUAUAAUUGCAAACAUUGUUUAUUAAAUCUGCAACAUUUUCCUUAUGUACUCGAAGUAUCUGAAAAGAUUAAAUGAUUUAUAACUAUUCAUGUAUUUUUCCAGGACAAGGUUUUGAAGUUUGCCAAUUAUUUUCUUAGUCGUAAGCAUGUUCACCAACUGAAAUCAGCAUACCAGUUCCUUUCAGUCAUUAAGACGUUGACAACUAACAAGGUGCGUUGACAGCUUGGUUUCAUAUCGGCAUCUCGACUAUUAGCUGGAUUUUGUUUUUAUUAUUAAUUAAUAAUAUCUCAGUAUCUCCGUUCUCUAAAUGAUAACCCAAUAAAUAAUGUCAGUUAUGAAAUCAUAUUUGUGUAUGAUGAGUUAUUACUUUUAAUGUGACAUUAAUAAUAUUAUUUCCCUUAUUUUAGUUCCAUGUUCCUGUUGCCGUGACGCUGGCCAGUCCCGUGGCCGUAACCCAGGCUGAUCCAUCCGUUAAAGUAAGUAUACAUAUGAAGACUAGGCUUACAAAUAUGCCGCCCUGAAAAAAAUGUUCCUUGCCCAGUCUAUUUACUAUGUCGGUCUAAACAUCAUAUUUAACCUGGCCUAUUGAUUUUAUCAAAACUCUUUAUCAUUUAGUUUCAACCCCAGUAUUGUUAGAUGACGAAUUAUUUGCCUUAGUUCAACUAUCUUCAUACUGAAUCGUUCAUUAUUUAAAAAAUAUCAUUAUGCUAUCCAUUUUAAUAAUGUGGAAAUUCAGCAUAAGUUUGCAGUAAAGGGAGGAAUUUGUUUGAUAUUAUUUGCAUUUACUAUACUUGGGUUCCUAGGUUCAAGUUACAGAUUUGUUAGGUGGUAACCUUGGUGAGAUGACCGUCACUGCUGACAGUGCCAGGCAUUUAGAAGACGGUGCUGUUGUUCUAAGUAAAAAGCAGUUCACUCUGUCUGCCUCUGAAAAGUUAGUAUAAUUUUGAUUCUACAUGUUACAAGUUAUUUCUGCUUUGUUCAACAGGAUAGAGAUGCUUUGUAUAAAAUGUUGACAUUUUAUUGUAAUGUUGAUCUAUGACCAACAAAUAAAUAAUGUCUAGAAAAUGACAGUUCUGUGAAGAAAAUAAAGAAGCUUGGUUAUUAAUCAACAAAUACAUUUAUUUUAUUUUUCCUCUAGGUCUUUAUUUGAGCUGAAUUUUCUCGAGGCCAAGCCGGCCAAGGGAUUUUACAAGCUUACCAUAAGUGUAGUCCCAAAGAAAGCUGAUGCGAAACUCAUUGGAACUACGGGAGCGGAAGUAUGCCAUUUCUAUUUUUACUUUAAGAUCAGCUAUUUAUAAAGGAGAAGUGAAGCAAACAAUUAUUCACAUGUCACAUUGAAUGUAAUGGUAAAGCAUUUAAUUUGUAAUAGUAUGUGGAACAAUUAAAUUGAAAUUGUCUGACCUUUUUUUUCAAAUGUUAGGUUGAGGUCAAGGUGACCACUAAAGUUGCCAUUGAAAAUGUCGAGAUUGGGGUGGCAGAUAAAGACCAGGCUACAGCUGCACGAACAACCAGGUAUCUUUGAUUAGAACGUUUAACAAGGAUGAUUUUAGCUUUGGAAUUUAGUUUGCUUAUUCUCAAGAUGUGUUUACCAAAGUUCGACCAUGAGUUGAUUCUGUGCACUUGUCCUCAGGCUUGUCCACCCCAACAAAGCUGCCACUGUCAUUGAAGCUGACUAUCACCAGAAGAUUGUCAUGAAGUUUCAGCUCAAGGACAAAACAAGUGGAACCCUCAUGACCGCCCAUCAAGCAUUUGUUCGUUUAACCAACUUGGAAACUAAGCAAGAGAUCAUCUUUGUAACAGAGUCAGACAACAGUCUUACGAGCAAGUUCGAUCUUGUAAGUAGUUUGAUUCUUGCCGCUCUAUAAGUGAAAAAUAUUUGUGUGAUUUCAUUGGAAAUCAUUUAAGAGAAAAAACGUAUAUAAUGGAAAACAUAAGGAAUGAAGUUAGAUUGUUGGUGACUUAAAUUAAAGAUUUGUUUCAUAGUUACAUAUUUUGGGAAAGCUUUAUUAAAGGAUUUGGAAAUAAGAAAUAAAUUCUGUAAGAUAUGUCUCUAUCUUUAUCUGUUGUGUCUCCAUUCAGGAUGUCGGUAGUAGUGCUAAAGAGUUUGGUUCAGUUUCUGGCAAGUACAGUAUGGAGUUGAUUGUUGGAGAUGCAGUUAUUGAGAACCCCUUUUCUUGGCUUAUUGUAAGUAACAUUAGAGUUAAUUGGCUAUGUACAUACAAAAAAAAAGUUGGUUUUGUCUCAUUUAAUCAAGAGACAGUUCAAAAUUCACGUUUGAAAUUCAAAUUCAGAUAUGUCCUUUGACAUGCCAGUAUGCAUAUAUUGAUAGAUAAGGAGUAAAUGUGGAUAAGCUACUCCAGUGAUAUGAAUUUUGGUUUUUAGGGUUGUAAUCAUGAAUUUUUAUAUAUGGUUUAUGAGUUAUGAACUGAUUUAUUUAUGUCAGAAAUGACUGGUAUAUCAACCAACUGUUUUCAUUUGUUUAGGCUGAUAUAUCCAUAACAUUUCCUGAAGCUAGUGAAGCUCCUGCCAAUACCACUAACCAGUAUGCUAAAAAACCUGAGAUAAAGGUACGUUUUUGUUGGAUUAAACUUAACAAGAAAUCUCACAUUGUAAUCAUGUUGUAAUAUAGAAAACUAUCAUUUUUAAGUUGUGAUGGAAUGCAUUAAUGUUACUUCAGCCCGUACGUCCUUUAUUUUAGUUGUAUAAAUUUUAAAAAAUUAUUUUAACAUGGCUGUAAAUUACAUAUAAAUGUUUAUCGGUGUAUAACACUUCAACUUUUUUCUUUCAGCACAAAUUCAAUGAACCUGAGAAGCGCCCUCCUGCCACCGUCUCCCUUGCAUUCACUGCCCUUGUUUUGCUUCCACUGCUUAUUCUUCUUGUCUUGGUAAGUCUUUAAAUUACUUUUGGUCCGAGUUCUUUAGCAUGAUUGUGGUUAGAUUUAAUUACACUUGCAUGUUCAAAAAAUUGGUUUAAAAUUUAAAAAAAAAUGUUUGCCUGGUUAAAUUCACAAUUUACUAUAAAAUGAAGUACAGUUAAAAUACUUAACUUGCUAGUUACAUCUCAGAGGCUUGAAAAUACUUUUUAAUAUUUAGAAAGAUAAUUCCCAAAUGAUUUUAAAAUUGAGAUUUGUGUUGGAUUAUUUCAGUGGCUGAGGAUUGGAGUCAACGUUUCCAACUUUCCUAUCUCUCUCAGUGCAGUGGGUUUCCAUGUUUGCUUAGGAGGUUAGUUAUGCCCCCUUGUUUUGCUUUCUCAAAUAUUGUGGUUUUUCUGACUGGUUAGUUGUUUAAAAAAGAAUUCAUUCUGUGAAAUGUUCAUCCAUUUGCAUCAGUAAUUAUAUUGCUAAUGUAUCCUACCAUGUGACAGCUAUUUUUGGCAUCAGUAAUUAUAUUGCUAAUGUAUCCUACCAUUUGACAGCUAUUUUUGGCAUCAGUAAUUAUAUUGCUAAUGUAUCCUACCAUUUUGACAGCUAUUUUUGGCAUCAGUAAUUAUAUUGCUAAUGUAUCCUACCAUUUGACAGCUAUUUUUGGCAUCAGUAAUUAUAUUGCUAAUGGAUCCUACCAUUUGACAGCUAUUUUUGGCAUCAGUAAUUAUACUGCUAAUGUAUCAUAUUAUUUGACAGCUAUUUUUGAAAUCAGUAAUUAUAUUGCUAAUGUAUCAUAUCAUUUGACAGCUAUUUUUGGCCUCUACUACUGUUACUGGACUCACCUGAAUAUGUUCCAAACUCUACGCUGGUUGGGCAUUAUUGCUGUCCCUACAUUCUUCUUUGGCAACCGUCUUCUUAGUGCUUUGGCAUCUAAAAGGUGAGCAGAUGUCAAUACAAUUUACAAGUACAGACUUGCAUAAUGCCAGUUUGGUCUAGAAAUUUGAAAAAAUAAUUUAGUUACAAUUUUGUUUUAAAAAUAUUUAAAAUUACUGCUCUAACAUGGUCAUGCUGAAGAUCAUAUUGAAUGGACUAAAACCAUAUGCCGACAGAAUCAUUGCUGAAGAACAGGCGGGCUUCAGACAAGGACGGGGCACUACUGAGCAGAUUCUAAACCUUCGAAAACUAUGUGAGAAAUAUGCUCAACACCAACAAAAUCUAUACCACGUCUUUGUUGACUUCAAGAAAGCAUUGUACAGGGUUUGGCAUGCUGCUUUAUGGGCCACCAUGAGGCACUACAACAUCAACACAAAUUAACCAGCAUGAUAUGCAACCUCUGAUAAGACCACCAGUGCAGUCUUCCUCAACAACAACAUCGGAGAAUGGUUCAAGACCAUGGUUGGAGUAUGACAAGGCUGCCUGCUUUCCCCACCCUAUUCAACAUCUUCCUAGAGAGAAUUAUGUCAGAUGCUCUGGAAGCCCAUGAAGGGACAAUCAGCAUUGGUGGCAGAACAAUCACCAACCUACGCUUUGCGGACGACAUAGACGUGCUGGCUGGGAACGAAGAAGAGCAAGCCAACCUGGUAAAGCGUCUCGAUAAGACAUCGUCGUCCUACGGCAUGCUAAUCAGUGCCGAAAAGACAAAACUGAUGACAAAUGAUACCGCAGGCAUCACCACUGAAAUUAAGGUCAGGGAGGAAAGAUUAGAGACUGUCGGCCGCUUCAAAUACCUAGGAGCAAUAGUCUCAGAAGAAGGCUCCAAGCUGAACUGAUGUCCAGGAUUGCGCAGACUACAACAGCACUAAAAAAAAUCAAGAAAAUAUGGAAUGACAAAAAUAUAGCCCCCGGCACCAAAAUCAGGCUGAUGCGCUCAUUAGUCCUCUCCAUUUUCCUGUAUUUUACUGCGAAUCCUGGACAUUAACAGUCGAUCUUGAAAGGAAAAUAAAGGAGAUGCUUCAGAAGCAUUUUUGGCAUCUGCUAUAGGGACCAUAUCUCCCAUGAUACAGUGAAAGAAAGGGUUCAUCAGGCAAUUGGGGAGUACGAUGAUCUACUGGUGACUGUGAAAAAAACGCAAAUUACAAUGGUACGGCCACGUAACAAGGAAACAAGGGCUUGCCAAAGAAAUAUUGCAGGGCACCACAAGAGGAAUGAGAAGAAGAGGAAGACAAAGAAAAAGGUGGGAGGAUAACAUCAAAGAGUGGACAGGACUAACACUGGGUGAUGCAGUGCGUAGUGCUGAAGACAGAGAGGAAUGAAGGAGGAUGGUUCACAUGUCAUCUGUGGCGCCCCAACGGUCCAAGGACUAAGGGACAUGAGGAUGAGGAGGAAACAUGGUUAAUUCUUAUGCGUUCAACUAUUGAAACAGUGUAAUGGGAGAAGAAUCACGUUGACCCCUUUUAACGUUACUGAUUAUUAAAUUAAUCUCUCUGAGUAACAUAAAAAAAAUUUAACAUUGACAUGGAAAGUAAGAGAAACAAUAUUAAAAUUCUAAUAUCUAUUCUGUUUGAAAAAACCUGACCAUAACAUGCAUAACUAGGAUGAAGGUUCCUCCCUGUUUAUUGAAUCCAACAUUGAUCCCACUUGUACACAAUCCUGCUCAACAUAGCAAAUCACAAAACAAAAAGAAAGAUGGGGCGUAAGUGACCUAGUUAUUUCCGUGUUCUUUAAACGUGUUCUGGUAAUCAGUAGUUUAUGUUUAUGCCAUGUUUGUUAUUCACUUGUUUUUUUUAUUUAUUUAUUUUUUUAAUGUUCCAAAAAUCAAAUUUCGGUAUUCACUUUAGCCAACUACCGAAGAAAAAGAAAUGAGUGUCGUAAGUCAACAAGGAAAAUGCCAUUUUUUGGUGGUUGUUACUUUUCUUGGUUACUUUCUUCAAUGCUUAUUUUAUGACCAAAUCCACUCAAGAUAACUUGUUACUUUAUUCAUUCUAUCUAUGACUUAAGAUAAAUCCCAAAAAUGGGUUUCAGUUAAGUGUUAUUUAUUGACUCAUGUGCCACUCUCAUCUAAGAAUAGUCAUAAUAGAAAUAUUUGCUAUAGAUUUUGAAUUAUAUAUGAAUACAUCGCCUGAGGGAAAAGGAGCGUUUCGUUUUCUUUUUUUAUCAUUCAUAUAAUUUGUGUUUUCGAUUGUUGCUAAUUCUAUUGGUCCAGUCUUUGCUUAUUGCUCUACAUGCGCCAACCAUAGAGGGGUCAAGAUCUGCUGGAAACUCUCUAUACCUCAGCAUAUCUUAUUUUGUUUCAGAGUUCUGACUGCAACUACUGCAUUCUAAAUCUCCUCCCAAUACGGCAGCAUUACAAAGCUUUAUCAGUAUCUCUUACCACACAUUGCCCCGUGACAAUGAUUAAAAGAUUCUUAGGUUCAUUAAUUUGUAUUUUAAAACAUUGAAAUUCGUUUGUUUUUUGUUUUUUCUUUCUGUAAACAUGAAACCUGAGUUAAAUAAAAGCUCAUUUGGAUUCUCUUUAUUUGAAAUCCCCACUAAACCUAUUGUGGUCUAAAGAUUCUAGGAAUAAUUCAUCUUGUAUAAUUUUUAUGCUUUAAAGUAUCCUUAAAAAAAAUUAAUCCUCAUAAUCUGUUAUUUUACAUAUAUUUAUUAAGCUGUUGCAAACAUUUCAAAUUUGUUAUUAAAUAGCUCUUCCUCGUUUUAUGAGUUUUCUUAAUUCUCUCACUUAAAAGAAAGUUAUGCAUUAUUGCUCAUUACAUAUAGAGUUUAAUUCUCUCCCUUCAAAGAAAGUUAUGCAUUAUUGCUUAUAACUAAAUAUUACACAUAUAGUUUUUUGAAAUAACCACCUUGAAGUAGAUUAAUUUGUUUUUGUAUGAAAAUAAUAUACCUUUGGACUCUUAGUUAAGCGAUUUCAAAUUUAUUUAUUUAAAGAUCUCUUUUUAAUGCAUUAUGGAAGCUUUUUUUUCUUCACUUGGAUAUCAUGAAGUAUUUAGCUAAGGAAUAGCACUGUCAAGUUAUUUGAUAAAAAAACAAAAAGCUUUAACAACAGGUCCAACUAACUGUACCAAAAUACUGCCUGUAAUAUACUAACGCUAACAUAACAUACUGCUCUGAAGAAUAAUUUAAAUUCAUUUUUAAUUUAAAGCAGAUUAUAUUUUAAUUUUAAAAAAUAAAUAAUAAAAUCUGCCUUGCUAGCUAAUGAUUUUUUGUGUCUCCUAUUCCAGUGCCAAGCAUGCCUGAUAAGUGCCACUAGAUGAUCGUCCUCAUUUGUUUGCAGAGUGGUUCAACAUCUCCUCUCUAGUUAUCACUUACUGAUGGCCAAGACAAGGAGGACUUUUUGUGUUUAUUCCUGCAAUGACUUACUUAACAAUACCUUGCUUUUUUUUUGUUCAACUUUUUCAAACAGCGCUUUUCUUUAUCAGGUGUUCUUUGUGAAUUGGUGGGUACAAAUAUUGUUUUCUUACAAGCUCAUGAUGGUUAUUAUAAUUAUUUUCUAGGUAAAAAUAAUUUCAAAUCUUUAUGAUAACUUUUAACCUUCAAUAAUUUGUUGAAGGGGCUUCUUUGCUAGGUGCUGGAUACUAGGAUAUCUUUUGAUACUAUUGAAAGCACCACUAGAAACUUUCAAGAGUUGAGACGGAAGUGUCUUGAAAAUGUGUAUUGGUUGGAUUCAGUGUCACCUUUACAGGGGAACAGAAUGUUUGCUGAGGUUAGGCACUUUUGACAUGAGCCUAAAAUGAUUAGCAAACCUUCAUGAUUAAUGUGAGGCACUUUUGAUGAGCACAAAAUGAUUAGUGUACCUUCAUGAUUAAUGUGAGGCACUUUUGACAUGAGCCUAAAAGGAUUAGUGUAACUUCAUGAUUAAUGUGAGGGUGUUUGAUGAUCUUUUGUUCAUAUUGAAAUCACAUUCAUAUUAUAUUUACCACUCUGCAAAUAAAUGUAGUAGCUUAGUUUGUGUCUAAUGCAGCCAUUUUUUAAAAAUACUUUAUCGAUCUGCACAAUGUCAGAAAUGUUCCUAUUUUAUUAAGAUGAAAAACUUUUUUAAAAAGAAAAAAAGAAAGAAAAUUUGUUGACGGGUGUCCACUGUGUGUAAGUAUGUUAGUAAGUCUUGGAGGAUCAUAGCAGUCAUGUUAUCAUUCUUAUGACUUCAUACAUUUUAAACCAUUUAUUGUUUGCGCAUCAUAUUAGAAUGUUAUGUUUUAAAUUAAUAAAUGUAUUUAAUGUUUAAAC